AUGCCGGGAGAUGCGAAUUUCACCAAGACCGCCUGUGGAGGCUGCGAAUCGGUGUCCGAUGAGGAUGAAGGCAUGGUAUGUUGUGACAAGUGCAACGUUUGGUACCAUUACCGGUGCGUGGGAGUCACGGAGGAAGUCGAAAGUGACGCAAAGUGGUAUUGUCCUGAGGAAGACUGCCAAAGCCAGAAGAAACUGGACGCAGAAUCUUCCAAAACGGGUGCCAAAAAGAAGAAGAAAACGACCGACGACAACUCGGAUAAGUCCAGCGUGAAAUCCGACGGAAGGUCUGGCUCGUCGAUGGAACGUCAGCUCAGAGCUCUUGAAAAGGAACGGAAAAAGAAAGAGCAAGAGCUGAAGAACGAACGCGUUCUGAUGGAAAAGCGGAUGGAAAUCGACCGAAUCCUUCAAGAACAGCGGAUCGAAAUGGAGAACGAGUUUCGGGCUAAGGAAUUACAGCAGCAAAAACAGUUGUUGGAGAAGGCGCUGAAGGACAAGCAAGAUCAUUUGGACCGGAUGAAGAAGAUGCGGGAGUCGUUCAAUGCAAGGAUGGAUCAAGUCCAGCAAGAGUUGUCCAAGCUAAACGCUGGUGAAGAUGACAGAAAGGAAUCGGUGAACAAAGUUUCUGAUGCCGUGAAACAGUCGACCGCGGGAACACCGUUGAAGAAUCCGGAAAUACGUAGCCAAAAGCGAUCGGAGAAAACCAAGAAGGUCGAAUCGGAUGAAGAAGAGGAGGAAGAGGAAGAUGAAGAGUCUGAUGAAUCUAGCAGUGACGAUGAAAGUGAGGAGCAGUCUGAAAGCGACUCGGAUGAGGCCACCGAAGAAGAAGACGAGGAAGAAGAACCCAAGAAGACGAGCAAAGAGAAAAAUAAGUCAGGAAAAGUUAGAUCUCACGGGCUGGGACAGUCUAAUGCGGCACCUUCUAAAGCGCAAAUGGCGGCCCGGAGUGGAAUCAGCAAGAGACUUCCACUAUUUACUGGAAAACUUGAAGAAUGGCCGCUGUUCAUUGGAAGCUAUCAAGCCUCCAACGAUGCUUGUGGGUUUUCCGACGUUGAGAAUCUUGUUCGGCUGCAGGAGAGCUUAAAGGGUCAGGCGUUGGAAAACGUUCGAGGACAGCUACUGUUUCCAAAAUCGGUGCCGAAAGUCAUAAGCAAACUUCGUCAGCUGUAUGGACGCCCGGAACAGUUGCUACAGUGUCACCUUGAGAAAGUGCGGCGAUUGGAUCCUCCGAAGUCAGACAAAUUGGCGUCAUACAUUCCAUUCGGUAAUGCUGUGGAGCAAUUAUGCGAGCAUCUAGAGGCAGCGGGUUUAGAGCAGCACCUGGUUAAUCCUCUUCUUAUCCAGGAUCUUGUCGAUAAGCUUCCGGUCCAUGAUAAGCGUGAAUGGGUUCGCUACAAAAAUCGGAAAAGGAAGGUGAACCUGCGUACUUUCACCGAUUUUGUGUCGAAGAUUGUUGCAGAAGCUUGCGAGGCCAACGUGAAGAUGGAUUUCAGAGCAGAAUCGAAGCCAGUUUGCAACGAGCACGCCGGAAAGAGCAAAGCGAAGGAAAAGGGAGCUCAUUUAUACAAUCACAGUGCAGUGGAGAGGGCCAACCACGGCGUCGGCGAGAAUCAUCCGAGACCGUGCAAAGCGUGCAAGCGGACCGAUCAUCGUCUGCGAUUCUGCCAGGAUUUCAAGGCUUGGACACUUCGGGACCGUUUGAAGUUGGUCGAAAAGUGGAAACUCUGCGUUGUCUGCCUCAAUGAUCACGGUAACGCUCCGUGCAAAUUCAAGAUCCGGUGCAACAUCGACGAAUGUCGGGAACGUCACAAUCCUCUAUUGCAUUCCGCCACCAGAUCCGUGGUAAUCAACGCACACUUUCGAACCACCAGUACCAUCAUGUUCCGUAUGAUACCAGUGACAUUGUAUUUCGGUAAGCGGUCGGUUAAUACGUUAGCGUUUCUGGACGAGGGCGCAUCAGUGACUCUGAUAGAAAGUUCCCUGGCGGAUCAGCUAGGUGUUCAAGGAACGAAGGAACAGUUGACCAUCAAAUGGACAGCCGAUAUCACGCGCGUGGAGAAGGGAUCCCGACGAAUGGACUUGUUCAUUUCCGGACGAGAUGGGAAGGAGAAACAUCAACUCGGCACGGUUCGAACUGUUGACGAGCUGCUACUACCGAAGCAAUCCCUAAGUGCGUCGGUGCUCUGUCAGCGGAUGAAGAAACUGCAAGGGCUACCGAUUGCUUCGUACGAAAACCAACGCCCGGGGUUAUUGAUCGGUCUGAACAAUCUCCACUUGCUUGCACCGACUGAAGCAAAGGUUGGUAAGCCUGGUGAGCCAAUAGCGGUGCGGUCCAAGCUAGGAUGGGCAGUGUACGGUCCAAAUGAGGUGCAGCUAUCAAAUGCGGAAGUGUAUCUGGGACAUCACGAUGAAGUAAGCAAUCAGGAGCUGCAUGAUCUGCUGAAAAGUCAGUACGCUUUAGAGGACUCCGUAGUGGUGAAGCUGACAGAAUCGGAAGAUGAUAGAAGAGCUCGUGAAAUCUUGGAGCGGACCACCAGAAGAGUGGGCGAUCGAUUCGAGACCGGCCUACUGUGGAAGGAAAGAGAGCCAGAACUUCCAGAUAGUUAUCCGAUGGCCACGCGCAGGAUGAAAUGUUUGGAGCAACGACUGCUGAAGUCACCAGCGCUGUUCGAAAACGUUUGCAAGCAGAUCAAGGAGUAUCAGCAGAAGGGCUAUGCGCAUCUGGCAAGUGCCGAAGAAUUAGAAGAAGCCGAACCGGGAAAAGUUUGGUAUCUUCCACUCAACGUCGUCCUUAACCCAAAGAAACCGGGAAAAGUACGACUCGUGUGGGAUGCAGCAGCAAGUGUGAAAGGAAUAUCCCUCAAUUCCUUACUUCUCACAGGACCUGAUUUGCUGGUAUGUAUACUCACCGUAUUUUGCCAAUUUCGCGAACGACCGAUCGCUUUCGGUGGAGACAUCCGCGAAAUGUACCACCAGAUGCAGAUUCGUCCAGCCGACAGACGAGUACAGCGAUUCGUCUUCCGAUCGAAUCCCAGAGAAGCACCUAGUAUUUACGUUAUGGACGUAGCUACUUUCGGAUCGAAAAGUUCUCCAUGUUCCGCCCAGUUCGUAAAGAACAAGAACGCGAUGGAGUUUGCAGUACAGUAUCCGGAAGCCGCCGCAGCAAUCGUGAAGAAACACUACGUCGACGACUACUUCGACAGCGUUGAUACCAUCGAAGAAGCGAUACAGCGGGCAAAGCAGGUGAGAUUUAUACAUUCGAAAGGGGGAUUCGAGAUAAGAAACUGGGUAUCCAAUUCGGAAGAAGUCCUAGUCAGUUUUGGGGAACCGAAACCCGUCCAGACGAUUCAUUUCAACCAGGACAAAGAGACUGGAAAUGAACGCGUACUCGGUAUAAUUUGGAAUCCAGGUCAAGACGUUUUCUCCUUCUCGACUGAACACCGCGAAGAUCUACAAGAGUACCUGCAGGGUCAUAAGACACCAACGAAGCGCAUUGUACUGAGUUGUGUCAUGGGGUUCUUCGAUCCGUUGGGACUACUCUCAUGCUUCACCGUACAUGGAAAGAUCUUGGUUCAGGACUUAUGGCGAACGGGCUGCGAGUGGGAUGAAGAAGUCGACGAUGCAUGCUUGGUCAAGUGGAAGCAAUGGACGGAUCUCUUGCCGUUAGUGGAGAGGGUUCGCAUUCCGCGCUCAUAUUUUGGACAGACGCGGUCAUCCGAAAUUAACAGGCUUGAGCUGCACAUCUUCACGGACGCUAGUAUACAGGCAUAUGGCUGCGUGGCCUACUUUCGUGCAAUGGUAGACGGUGAAAUUAAAUGCCUGUUGGUGAUGUCUCGAUCAAAAGUAGCCCCUCUUAAGUUACAAUCCAUUCCGCGGUUGGAACUGAUGGGAGCUGUCCUCGGUGCAAGAAUGUUACAAACGAUCAAAUCCAACCAUUCGCUUUCCAUAAACCGUUGUUUUCUUUGGACAGAUUCGCAAACAGUUAUGAGUUGGUUGCGUUCGGAUCAACGAAAAUACAAGCAGGUUGCAUUCAGGGUUGGAGAAAUUUUGGAGACAACCAGCUCAACGGAUUGGCGAUGGAUUAGAUCUCGGAUGAACCUGGCUGAUGCACUAACGAAGUGGGGACAAGGUCCUCCAUUGGAUUCAGAAGGAGAGUGGUUUAAUGGUCCAAAUUUCCUGCACCAACCAGAAGAUUGCUGGCCGACCGAGGGGUUGCCGGAUGCAAACACUGAGCAGGAAAUGAAAGCAUACUUGCUGCACCAUGAAGUGAAGGAGUUUCCAGAACCCGUGAUCGAUGCAGAAGUGACAUGGCGCUGGCGUAAGUUGUUGCGAAUCACAGCUUGCGUAAUCAGAUUCAUUACAAAUCUUCGACGCAAGGUCAAGGGCUUUCCGUUACGAACGAUGGUGGCGAACGAGAGGCAACAACAGCUACUUAAGGCGGAAUACAAUGUUGUACAGCGACCACUGCAGCAGGACGAAUUUUCGAGAGCGGAAGUGAUUUUGUGGAGACAGGCGCAGUUGGAGGCGUUCCCAGAUGAAGUAAUGGUACUCCUGGGAAAUGGAUCACUCAAAGCGAAUCAGAAGCCAGAGCAGAUCGGGAAGAGGAGCCCAUUAUACAAACUCACCCCGAUCGUAGACUAG